AUGGCAGAUUCUACCGUGACAGAUGUGACUAAAAUGAAAGUGGUCGAUUUACGCAAGGAGCUAAAGUCUCGCGGUUUGCCAUAUACAGGAGAUAAAGCAGAGUUAGUAGCUAGACUUCAAGCUGCAAUGUCUCAAGAUGAGCACGGCGACAUCAACUUGGAUUCUGAUGAAAUUGACUCUGAUGGCGUCCUGGAGGAUGAAGAUGACAAAAGCCAAGGUGAUAUACUCGAUGACAAUGCUGUAGAUACACUCAAUGAAGAGUUAGCGCUUUCUGAACAGCCGUCUCCCGUAAAGCCCACGGUCGAACCUAAACCGCCACGAACCCUCAAAAGGAGAAUAACCUCAACAGAAGUUUCUAAAGAUAAAACUGAAGAUAAUAAAACAACUGAAGAAAAUAAGGAGUCUGCUGCAAAAAAAAUUGUUUUAAACAGAGCUAUAUCCAUAACAUCAGCUCCUGCAAAGCCAGCUGAAGACAAAGAUGUAGCAGCAGCCGAGACAAAUCCAGCAAGUAAUAAGAUAAAAAUAACAGCAGAUUUAGAUGCUAAAACACGGAUGGAAAUGAGGGCAAAACGAUUUGGUUUACCCGUAAAAAUAAGUGAUGAUGAGAGAAAAGAAGCCCGUAAACAACGAUUUGGCCAGACAGUGUCAGCUAAAAGUACAGCUAUCUCAAAUACUGGCACAUCUGUGAAUUUAGAAAAGUUCAAGAAAAGGGCUGAAAGGUUUGGACAGUCAGUCUCUAAAAUAAUGACUGAUAUAGAAAACCAGGAAAAGUUGGCAAAACGAAAAGCCAAAUUUGGAGGAUCAGCAUAA